AUGUCUCCCGGCCCAACAGCACAAAGAUCGAAUGCUCUGCAGAGUCGGAUUACCAGUGUACUUGCGGCGUCAUACUCAGACUUAGAGAUCCGAGAUGCAUUGGAGACUCUGGAUGACCGCAAAGUCCACAACACGGCCGAGACACGGCGCAAUCUUCGACUAGAUGCACAACAAGAAUUGAUCCAGUGCAAUGGAGAAAUUAUCCGUGAUUUUGGACAGGUUGCUCAGCAACUACAAAGGGUGGGCACGGCCAUCGAUGACCUCAACAAGUUGUGCUCAAGCAUGCGAUCCUAUGUUUCCGCUGCUAACAGAGAGACUGGACCUAUGAUGGAAGACAGUACAGCAAUGACGACACAAAGACAGCAGACCGAGACCAAGCAACAACUACUGGGCGCAUUCACCUCACACUUCCUUUUGUCUGACACAGAGAUUACCUCCUUGACAUCCACUGCAGAACCGGUUACAGAUGCUUUCUUCCAGGCAUUGAUACGGGUCAAGAAGAUACAUGAUGACAGUCAAUUAUUAUUGGGAACUGAAGAUCAGCAACUGGGUCUCGAAAUCCUAGAGCAAAGCUCGAAACAACUCAACGCAGCCUUCCAGAAGCUGUUCCGCUGGACUCAACGUGAGCUUCGCGAACUGGAUCUCGAAAACCCCCAACUCAGCACUUCAGUCAGACGUGCUCUCCGUGUGCUCGCCGAGAGACCUGCCCUGUUCCAGAGCUGUCUCGACUUCUUCGCCGAAAAUCGCGAACAGGUGCUCUCGGACGCCUUCUAUGCCGCUUUGACUGGAGGUUCGGCUCAACGUGUGGGAGGUCCUGCUUUGGGUAAAGCAAUUGAGCUCAGCGCACAUGAUCCGUUGCGUUACGUUAGCGAUAUGCUCGCUUGGGCGCACGCUGCUACUGUCAGUGAGCGUGAAGCAUUGCAAAUUCUGUUCAUCUCAGAUGCAGAUGAGAUAUCAAAAAACAUCAAGGCUGGUCGAGAACGUGAGCCUUGGUUGCAAAUCACCGAGGAAGUAAGUGGCGAGGAGGUGGCAGCAUUCGACGGCAAGAAAGCACUCAAUGACCUGGUCGAUCGAGACUUAUCUGGCGUACUCCGUCAGUUGCGGCAACGCGUCGAGCAGACGUUGCAGAGUCACGAAGAUGCAACAUUGGCCUACCAGAUCUCCAACCUGAUACGCUUCUACUGUUCCAUCUUUAUACCUCUUCUUGGAUCGGACUCGACGAUUGUACAAACACUGCAGCCUAUCAUACAAAAGGCGUUCGAGCAAUUCAGGACGCUGAUGAGAGACCACAUCGCAAACAUUCACAGCGAUGUUGCGGUGACGCCACUAGAUUUAUCACCACCGGACUUCUUGUUGGAAGCACUAGACACACUCAAAGGCUUGAUGAAGAGUUACGAUACAUCAUUAGCUGGUGCUUCCUCGGGCGAGGAUCGAAGCGGGUUCCAAGCUGUGCUCGAAGAAGCACUUGAUCCUUACCUCGCGGGCUGCGACAGCAUUGCUAAAGGUAUGGGGGCACCACAAAGCCAGAUACUUGGCAUAAACUGUCUGCUCGCGGCCACCGAGACACUCAAAGGUCGAAGCUUCACGGAAGACAAGAUUGGCGAGAUAGAAGAUGCAGUGCAAGAGCGGGUCGACAGACUCGUAGACACAGUAAUCGGAUGGUUUGAGUCAGAGUCGGGGCUCAAACGACUCUUUGAAAGCCUUGACGAGUACAAGAAUACCAAGCUCGGGCAAGGAAUCAGCGGCAUCAGGAAGCUACGGGAGAUGCAGCCAGACCGGUUGGCAGACAUGGCACAGAAGCUGGACGCAUUCUUGCCAGGAGCGAUGGAGGAUGCCAGAGCAUUUAUCGGCAAGCUUGCGGAGAAGAGGAUGGUGCGUAGGGUGUGCGAAGAUGCAUCGAACGUGUUUGUCAGCAAGUUUGAAUCAGCUGAGAGGAUCAUGAUUGGCUUGGACGAGAUGACAUUGGCAGAGCAAGGAGAAGAGGUGGAGGAAGGCAUGCUAGUGCGGGAUAUGUUCCCUCGUACUAGCGACGAGAUCAAGGUGCUGCUCAGCUAG